AACAGAUGGUGAUUUCUGUAAAUAGCAUUUACGGUGCUCUCACUUCUCAUCUCCUUUGGCAAUCCCUGUGUACUCAAAACUGUCUGGCCCUUCCAUUUUCUUUUUGGGAUCAUGAAAUCUGGGUCCAACUAGGUGCUGGUUUAGAAGUCAGAGACAGAGAGAGAAAGUGAGAGUGACGGAUCGCAGAUGAUGAUGCAGUCUUCUUCACUUUCCUGUUCCAUUAGUAGUAGAGGCUUCUCAUACGGAGAAAACCCAAAACCCAUCACAAACUCUUCAGCAACAAGAGCUAAACUUCCAUACUCACUCUUCUUUCAUUUCAUCCAACCUCCUUCUUCUUCUUCUCAAUUUGCAGUAAGAUAUCAUUAUCAGUCAAACUCACCUUUACUGAAGAAGAACCCGCCAACAUGGAUUCGACCGGGACCCACCAGUCUAAUUCCAAACUCCAAAACCACCAGUUCCCCAAAAUUAGGGCCAAGUCCGCUUCAUUCCGGCAUUUCAUCAAACAGCUGUAGUGCUGAUAACGGUCGGAGUUUCAGGGAUUGGAUUGUACUGAUUGGUGAGGCUCUCUCUACGGCAUUUCCAAUAUGGGUAGCACUGGGAUGCCUUUUGGGACUUGUGAAGCCAAGUUCCUUCAACUGGGUUCAACCCAAAUGGACCGUUCUCGGGAUAACACUGACAAUGUUUGGCAUGGGUAUGACCCUCACUUUCAAUGACCUUCGCGGUGCUUUAGCUAUGCCCAAGGAAUUAGCAUCUGGUUUUUUUCUUCAGUAUUCGGUAAUGCCAAUAUCAGGAUUUCUUGUUAGCAAGCUUCUAAAUUUGCCAUCCCAUUAUGCAGCUGGUUUAAUAUUGGUUGGGUGCUGCCCAGGCGGCACGGCUAGUAACAUUGUGACAUAUAUUGCUCGUGGAAAUGUAGCACUCUCAGUUUUAAUGACGGCAGCAAGCACUUUAGCAGCUGUGAUCAUGACCCCUCUUCUCACAGCUAAACUUGCCGGGCAAUAUGUUGCAGUAGAUGCGGCUGGACUACUGGUCUCAACACUGCAGGUUGUGCUUCUUCCUGUGUUGGCUGGUGCUUUUAUGAAUCAGUACUUCCAAGGCCUGGUUAAAUUUGUUUCCCCCUUGAUGCCACCCAUCGCCGUGGGAACUGUGGCUGUUCUUUGCGGAAAUGCAAUUGCCCAGAGUUCCUCCGCUAUCCUUAUGUCCGGAAAACAAGUGUUACUAGCUGCCUCUCUUCUUCAUGCAUCUGGAUUUUUCUUUGGAUAUGUACUUGCACGGAUGCUAGGGAUUGAUGUAUCAUCAUCACGGACCAUCUCCAUUGAGGUUGGCAUGCAGAACUCGGUGCUCGGAGUUGUCCUGGCGACUCAACACUUUGGAAAUCCUUUAACUGCAGUACCGUGCGCAGUUUCCAGCGUUUGCCAUUCCAUCUUUGGCAGUGUCUUGGCAGGGAUAUGGAGACAGAGUGUGCCCACCCAAAAGCAGGAUUGAAAUUUCUUAUAGAAACUUUGAUAAGUUUUAAUUUAAUUGUUCUAUUCUGUUAAUUACUGGUUGAAUGUUGUGGCAAAUUCGCUAUGUUUCAUCUAAUUUUGCAACAUUAUUGCUAACUAUUCUCUGCUUUUUUAUGAAUAACUUUCUUUUAUGUUCUCUUUGUAUGCCAUACACUAUAACUUGAAAGGAGUAAAAAUAAAUGGUUCCCACUUAUUUUCUA